AUGGCCGAUAACGUUGAUUCAUCAAAUAUAUUGGGCAGUGGAGGACCCAAGUUGAUAGUUGUAAUGGGCGUGAGUGGAUGCGGCAAGUCAACAACCGGACAAAACCUUGGCCGAGCCCUUAAUGCAACUUUUGUGGAUGGCGACGAUCUACAUCCAGCAGCCAAUGUUGCCAAAAUGUCCCGUGGGGAACCGUUGACGGAUGCCGACCGGGCCCCAUGGCUCAAACUAAUCCGAGAGCGCGCAACGGAGCUCGCUACUCAAGGCAACGGUAUCACUGUUGUAGCAUGUUCGUCAUUGCGCAAGGCGUACAGGGAGCUACUGAGAGGAAAGCCGGUAGAGCUGGUCAAGCCUGAGCCAGAGUCGUCUGAUGUCCCUGUUGUCCACCCGAAAGGAGAAGCGCCUAGUGUUGGAGACAAGGCCGAUGUCGAUGUGCACAUAGCGAAUACGUCUCCGCCGCUCAAAACCUACUUUGUGUUCAUAAAGGGCACGAGAGAAUCACUUUUUGAGAGGAUGCAAAAGAGGCAGGGUCAUUUUAUGAAGGCGAGCAUGCUGGAGAGUCAGCUUGUGACGUUGGAGAGCCCAGAGGGCGAAGAUGGAGUUAUAGUAGUGGAUCUGGAGGCGACACCCCAGCAGCAGUGUGAACAGGCUGUAGCCGGGCUCAAAUCGCUCGGCUCUUAG